AUGACGGACCUCGAUGUGUCCGUGUACUCCUCGGAACAACUGCGGGAAUCACGUGAUUCGGAAAACUACAUGACGUUCAUCAACACGUGCUUCGGAACAAUGCACACGAAAUACCAUUGCUUCGACACGCCCCGUUUCAGCAACAUGGACGAGUUCUACGACGACUUCAAACACCCGGGAUCAGUUCUGGCCGUUGCACGAGAGCCUGGAUCAUGUGAUAUCGUUGCCAUGGGCGGGUAUCGACCUCUGGACGACCACGAGACUGCUGAGCUCAAGUGUCUGUGUGUCAAUCAGCAGCGAGCGGGUGAGGGCUAUGGAGGUUUCAUGAACGGGUAUGUUGAGAAACUGGCGCAUGACAAGGGGUUUCGAAAGAUGAACUCCGUUGUGGUCCGCCAGCAUGGCAAUCUGGUGGAGUUUUAUCAAAAGUUGGGGUACAAGAAAUUGGAGGAGAGGUUGUUGGUGGCUGGAGGAGAUGAUAUGGGGUUUGGCAAUGUCAUUGAUAUUUCCAUUUGGUUUAUGCAGAAGGAUAUUACUGCGUGA